UAUGGCAAAGAUAUGUUGCGUGGAGAAGCUGCGGCAAUGGCUUCAUACAUUGCACAGGGAAAGCGCAUACCACGCCGUGGCGAAAUUGGCCUUUCAUCUGCAGAAAUCUCGGAGUAUGAAAAGAUCGGCUAUGUGAUGAGUGGCACUCGUCAUAAAAGUAUGGAAGCGACUCGCCUACGCAAGGAAAAUCAGGUGAUGACUGCAGAAGAGAAACGGCUUCUAAGUGGCUUUACUCAUGACGAAAGGAAGAAGAAAGAAGAAAUCGUACUGCAACAGUUCAAAAGCUUUAUCGAAUCAAAAAAAAGCAAGAACUGA